UCUUGUUCUCCCGACCGCUGGCGCACGGCUACGACGUAUGCUGAGAGAAGUCUGUCCCAGGAACGAGUAGAAUGCACGAAGCUUACUAGACGUAAAUCGCUGGCCUCUUUGGCUUUGUACGCUUUGGCAAGAAACCAAAUGUGAAUAUUAGACAAAAAGCUGAUAAUCCAAGAUGACCGACCCCAUGAUGCGUAGUUCCAAGCAAAGCAACUCCGGCGCUGGAGGUGAGAUCCCGACCGGACCGGAGAAGCUAGAUCACGUUUUCGGGAGCAGUCAGGGAGAUCACCUUACUUCGUCUGUUGCCAGCACGAGGAAUAGUAGUUCUGCCGGUUCGGCUUCGUCCUCCUCGUCUUCAACCUCUAAUGCGACGACAAUUUCGGCUUCGAGCGCCACGAAAAACUACUAUGUCGGGAAACACGGCAGCAACAGCAAGCCCCCAGCCACUCUUGUUCCCCGUCUGCAACUGGGGAGUAAGCUGCCACUUUCCGCGCAGAAGCCGCACUUUCGUGGCGGGGAUGGAUCCUCCGUUAGCGCUAGUCGCACCGUUGCGAAGAAAAAGGGCAGCUAUCAAGACGCAACCCCAGCGACAAUCUUCGACGAGGAUGAACAAAUAGAUGAAGUCCAAGUUCAUGUUGGACCACACGCAGGCGCAAAGGAACAGCUGCAAGAGGAAACCCACGCAACCUUCCACGGAGCAAGCGGUUCGGACGUCGCCACCGAAUUCGACUUGGAAGAGGACGAAAUGGCAAUGACCAGAGAAGAACUCGCCCGGGACCUGGGCUUCUCCCCCCGAGCGAUUUUCAGCGACUACCGCGAAGAACCGAGCGAAACGAGCAGCUAUCACGAUCGUACCGAGACGAGAAGUGGUCGUGGUCCGCCCGUAAGUGCGGGCAAGACGAAAUUAUCGUCGACGUCAACAAGAACUGGUUCUGGUAGAGGUGCUCGAGGUAUAUCAAGUAGAAUGGCGGCGGGUGAUUUCUGGAACACGAAUCCUGAUGUUGUUUUCGAGCAAGCAGAUGGCGUUGCAACCGAACUGCAGGACCACCAGCGAUUGUACGACGACGAGAAGCAGGAGGAGACCACCGAGCUACGGAUCCGAUACGUGGCGUUUUUCGUUCUUCUGCGCGUCGUCCUGUUUAUCUUUCUGGAGCACGGCGGUGGUUCUCGGGCGGGGUUUCGGUGGGCACCGGACAGCGUACAGUUUUUGAAGAGCAGGAGGAGUAGAGCUGUGGGAAAUGGAGGAGAAAAGCCUUUGGUUGACCAUGGGGGUGCCAGUUGACGAAAUGGAAUUGAUAGUCUCUGACUUUUCUCCUGGUGCAAAGCAUCAGACGUAUCAUUGGAAAAUGUAAACAAGGCAUCGUUUGUUC